AUGACUACGGAUCCUAUUCAAUUACUGCCUGCGGACUACUUCGUCACGACACAUCAGUUUACCAAGGCGGUACACCGUGACCAGUACCCUUCGAUAGACCCGGCAUCGCCCAAGCUGUCACAGAAAGGAAAGACUGUGAUCGUCACCGGCGCUAGCCAGGGAAUAGGCAAGGCCAUUGCCCUUGCAUUCGCGAAAGCAGAUGCGGCCCGAAUCGUUCUUGCGAGUCGCAGCGGCCAGAAGCUCGGGGCAACUAAGCAGGAGUUGCUCAAAAUCAACCGCAAUCUCGACGUCCUGGUUCUCCCAACGGAUACGACUUCCGAAGAGAGCGUGAACCACCUAGAAGAGACAGUCAAGUCCAAGUUCGGGAUUCCCGAUGUCUUGGUCAAUGGCGCCGGUAUCUGGGCGGGCGGCGACACGAUCAUUGGAGAGAGCAAUCCGAAGGACUGGUGGACAGAUUUUGAAGUCAAUGUCAAAGGAAGCUACCUCAUGUGCAGAGCGUUUCUCCGGUUAGUAGGUUUAGAGAAAGAAGCAACUAUCGUCAACGUCAACACCUGGGGAAUGCUUUCAACUGGACCGGUAGGCACUAGUUACCCCAUCAGCAAAUUAGCGCUGGCUAGAUUGUCGGAAGCUAUUCCUUCGGCAUAUCCAAAAGUCUCUUCGAUGAACUAUCACCCUGGAAUGACAGUCACUGAAAUGGCAGAGCUUCAUCCACAGGUCCUCCAUUUCUGCAAAGACACCGUCGAACUCCCCGCCGGCACUGCCGUGUACUUAGCUUCGCCCCAUGCGCAAUUCCUAAGCGGGCGAUAUAUGUCCGCCAACUGGGACGUCGACGACUUAGAAGCAAAGAAGGAUGAAAUUAUCGAGAAGAACCUACUGAAAAUGGAUCUGAAAGGCGAGUUUGGGAGCGCGGUGGCGACAACGCCCUUCUCCACUACAGUCUUGUAUCCUGCUAAGGAGGGCGCAAAGUUCGAUAUGGACUACCUCCUCAGCAGCCACAUGCCGCUAGCGAUGAAGCAUUGGGCGCAGUACGGCCUCAAGGGCUAUGAAAUCACCCAGUACGAGCCCAUAGGCGAGCAAAAGCCGCUCUACAGCGCGCAGGUCGUUAUGAAAUGGGACAGGCCCGAGAGCGUGGAAAUGGCGAUGCGGGCGCCAGAGGCGCAGAUUGUGUAA